AUGUUGGGGUCCCUGGUGUUGAGGAGAACAGCGCUGGCGCCGCGGUUCCUCCUCCAGCUGCUCAGGUGUCCAUCGCUCAGGAGCCACCAAGGUCCCUCCGACCGGAGUGUGACCACCGGGGGCUGCGGGGAGCCGCAGUGGCUGAGGACCGCCAUCGGGGGGCGUCUUGGAACGUCGCUGGUCCUGCUCACCCGAAGAGGGGCAGCCACCGGAGGGCGCCAGGGAGGAUGCACCGAGAUCCCGUGCCUCGCAGCCGCCACAUGGGGACGCCUUCCUGGUCCCGAAGAAACACUCCCCAAACAGGACCGCUGGAAUGGGGUCCCCAACAGAGCCGGACUGGGCAUGUGGGCCCUGGCCACGGCGCUCGUGGUUCACUGUUACAGCAAGAGCCCAUCCAACAAGGAUGCAGCCCUGAUGGAAGCUGCUCGUGCCAACAAUGCUCAAGAAGUCAGCAGGCUGUUGUCGGAAGGUGCAGAUGUCAAUGCAAGGCACAAACUUGGCUGGACAGCACUUAUGGUGGCAGCCAUCAGCCGAAACGAAAGUGUGGUGCAGGUCCUGCUUGCUGCUGGUGCUGACCCAAACCUUGGGGACAAUUUCAGCAGUGUUUACAAGACUGCCAAGGAGCAGGGAAUCCAUUCUUUGGAAGUCCUGGUCACUCGAGAGGAUGACUUCAACAACCGGCUGAACAACCGCGCCAGCUUCAAGGGCUGCACAGCCCUGCACUAUGCGGUCCUUGCUGACGACUACCGCACCGUCAAGGAGCUGCUUGAUGGAGGAGCCAACCCCCUACAGAGGAAUGAAAUGGGACACACACCCUUGGAUUAUGCCCGAGAAGGGGAAGUGAUGAAGCUUCUAAGGACUUCUGAAGCCAAGUACCAGGAGAAGCAGCGGAAACGUGAAGCUGAGGAGCGGCGCCGAUUUCCACUGGAGCAGCGGCUGAAGGAGCACAUCAUUGGCCAGGAGAAUGCCAUCGCCACAGUGGGUGCAGCGAUCCGGAGGAAGGAGAAUGGCUGGUAUGACGAAGAACACCCUCUGGUCUUCCUCUUCUUGGGAUCAUCUGGAAUAGGAAAAACAGAGCUGGCCAAGCAGACAGCCAAAUAUAUGCACAAAGAUGCCAAAAAGGGCUUCAUCAGGCUGGACAUGUCUGAGUUCCAGGAGCGGCAUGAGGUGGCCAAGUUUAUCGGGUCCCCACCAGGCUAUGUCGGCCAUGAGGAGGGUGGCCAGCUGACCAAGAAGCUGAAACAGUGCCCCAACGCUGUGGUGCUUUUUGAUGAGGUGGACAAGGCCCAUCCAGAUGUGCUCACCAUCAUGCUGCAGCUGUUUGACGAGGGCCGGCUGACAGAUGGAAAAGGGAAAACCAUCGACUGCAAGGACGCCAUCUUCAUUAUGACCUCCAAUGUGGCCAGCGAGGAGAUCGCACAGCAUGCACUGCAACUGAGGCAGGAAGCUUUGGAGAUGAGCCAUAAUCGUAUCGCUGAGAACCUAGGGGAUGUCCAGAUUAGUGACAAGAUCACCAUAUCAAAGAACUUCAAGGAGAAUGUGAUUCGCCCCAUCCUGAAAGCUCACUUCCGGAGGGAUGAGUUUUUGGGACGAAUCAAUGAGAUCGUCUACUUCCUCCCCUUCUGCCACUCGGAGCUCAUCCAGCUAGUCAACAAGGAACUGAACUUUUGGGCCAAGAGAGCCAAGCAAAGACACAAUAUCACACUGCUCUGGGACCGCGAGGUAGCAGAUGUGUUGGUCGACGGCUACAAUGUGCACUACGGCGCCCGCUCCAUCAAGCAUGAGGUAGAGCGCCGUGUGGUGAACCAGCUGGCGGCCGCCUACGAACAGGACCUGCUGCCAGGGGGCUGUACUCUGCGCAUCACUGUGGAGGACUCAGACAAGCAGCUACUCAAGAGCCCUGAUCUGCCCUCAGCCCAGGCAGAGAAGCGUUCACCCAAGCUGAGGCUGGAGAUCAUCGAUAAGGACAGCAAGACCCACAAACUGGACAUCCGGGCACCACUACACCCUGAGAAGGUGUGCCACACCCUCUAGCAUCUACCUACCUGCCUAGUGCCCUCAGCAUUCAAUAAAGGCCCCUCAGCUGUGGCAUGGCAACUGACCUACCCUCCCCUCAUACAUCUUGCUCCUCUCCACUCAGCCUAAGGCCUCUUACUUCCUCACAGCCCCUGUAAGACCCCUCCUCAGUCCCCCAAAGCAGGAAUUUUGCCCUCUCCUGCCCCCUUUGUUAUGGGUCCAAAACUUGAUAACAGGUCUCCAGGAGAGGAGCUUCCCCUCCACCCCCUUCAAGGCAGAGAGGAGAGGGAGGUCCCUUAUCUCUGGCCUUCAGCAUGAUCCCCAUGCCCCAGAGUCUGGAACUUUUAUCAUGUUCCUUGGAAGCUCAGAAGUAUGGCAGCUAAGAACAGAUCUGGCUGGAAGAAGAUAGGGGUCAGACUGUGACCUGCCACCCCCUGCUGGCCCCCAGAAUGUCUCCACAGAGUGGAGAAAGAGUAUAGAGGCCCAGACACAGAGGUUCUUCAGUUUAGGCUGUAGCUACCUCUUUCCCAUGCCCUAAAAUUCCAAGGGAGAGGGACCCAUAGAAUCCUUCCCCCUUCCACUGCCAUAUUAUAGCUACUGUUCCUCCUCACCCUGCGUUCUGGGGUCAGGCCAGACCAGGUUUCUCCAGCCUUGGAACUAGGCCAGUGUAGAGCACUUCUAGGAGGAAGGCUGACUGGGUCACCACCCUGGCCUGCUCUGGGACUCAACAGUAGUACCAAAUGACCCAAGUAAGCUCAGCACUUGGGGCCUCCUUCAGCCCUGUCUACACUGCUGUCCUAGCUAACUUAGCCUGGAAUAAACAGCUCCCCCAUGCAGUCUCCAUGUUAGUCACUAAGCAGGAGGUCUAUACACCAUCCCUUAUAUUUCAGCCUCAGCUUGCUGGACACAACAAGGCCUGGUAUGUCCUGGGCAUCAUCUGCAGUAGCCCCCAUUGGUGAUCACUGUAUCACCCUCCCCCUGCAGGGCCAUUUCAGAACCCUCCUUUGGUGUUAGCUCAUCUCUUUCAGAAAGCAGAAAGUGGUAGGAAUCAAAGUCCCUUGG